AUGCGAAGUAACGCCGCGACGGUGAUAUUUGCCGUUGUGUCGCUCAUCGCGCUCAUCGCACCCAGCGCAUCCCACGCCGAGGAGGUGGACAACGCGGUGAGGUCGAUGCCAACUCGGCAACAGGAAACCGAGGAUCUGACGGAGGUCGACGAGUGGCUGAAGGGGGAGGGUCUGAACAGGUUCGGGGAUCCCAAGGACACGAUGUACACGGGCGGCAGUCCUUUAUUCGAUGAAUCCACGGGGGAGAGACGAGACAGGUACGAAUACAUCAGGUCGCGACACCCCGACGAGCCGUGGAAGCGCGGCUCCGUGCGCCCCAAGAUCGUGGACGUCGACGACCCGAGGCCGUCGAGGUUCCCUCGGCAUUGGGGACCGGAGCCGCCCGUCCAAACGAGGGACUACAGGGAACUGCCGGGCGGGUACGGGUUCGGGAGCUCGACGCUGUACAAGUGGAUAGAGACGAACAUGGCAAAGGAUGCCGAGGACUUGGACGAGACUGGAGAAACACUCGGCGCAGCCCCGGGUCCUGCGCCGAACACGAUGUCGCAGUCCACCGAGGACGAACCCGAGGACGACCUGUGACCUCUUAGCGACCUGUGACUUCUUAGCGCGCGCACACACUUUGCGUUUGAACACGAACGUUUCUACGUCUA